GCUCAGAAAAUUUGUGUAUGGAUUUAGUGCAAUUCAGUCGCUAAGUAAAUACUUGACAUAUUGUGGUAGUUGCUGUUCGGUUGGUUAACAAUUAGCCAAGUGCCUUGCAGUGAGCACUGCAGCAGACGUACAACGCCCUCAAAUUAUGAAGCAUAGCGUAACGCGUAAAAUUGGCCAGAAGUAUUUAAAUCAAUUACCAUACUGGGCACAGCUGCAUCCAGACGCUUCAUUGGAGGAAAUACGUAAGAUAGCUUCACGUCUGUGUCGAGAUUACUUAACGGGCAGAUGGAAGGUGGUUAGCGAAGACGAUUUGAUUGUCAAACGCAUUAGUGGUGGUUUGUCCAAUUUUCUUUAUUACAUAAGGCUGCCACAAGAUGAAGCGGCUAAUGUUGACGAUAGUGUGCACGAUACUGCAUACGACACGGAUGGUCUCUCCAACGACGAUAAAAAUAGAAAUGAGCAUGAUUACAUAGAUUUGGGUCUGGGUGAGAGCACCAAUAUCAAACGGAAACGUACUGACAGUGGCGACUCUUUCACCACAAAAGCUGAACCAAAAGAGGUACUAAUACGCGUAUAUGGUCAAACACAUGGUGAACAUGCAUUGGAGUCCAUGAUAUCGGAAUCUGUUGUGUUUGCAUUGCUAAGUGAACGCAAUUUUGGCCCAAAAUUAUUGGGAAUAUUUCCCGGUGGCCGCAUUGAACAAUAUAUACCAGUGAGUAUGUAGUUUUUAAUUUAUUUCA